GGAAAUAAAAUAAAAAGUAGGCGUUGUCAUCAGUGUUGUAACAUGGUUGAUGGUUACAGUAACCGUCACAUGGUUGAAAUAUCCACGUGCGUUUUUUCGUUUUAAAUUCGUUGUUUAUAUAAUUAAUUGUGUACGAAAUGUCUCCUCGAAGAAUCUGCCGUGAUUCAAAAGGCAACAGAGAUAAUAAACCGCGGCCGAUUAGCGUGAAACGUAAAUCUCGUCCGCUGAAUCGACAUGAAAUGGAACAGGAGACCGCGAGCACGAGUAAAUCGACAAAGAAACUAAAAAUGAAUGAAAAAAUUGACAUUGCAGUAAACGCGAGUUUCGGAUACCGAUUGAUUAAUUUUGUUUCGGUUUUUAAUGCACUCAGUGACUUAGUGAAGUGUAAAAAAUGUGACGGUGAAGUUACAUUUUUGGAAGGCAGUAUUCGAGGUCUUGGAUUUAAGUUGAUUGUGAAAUGCAAGUCUUGUGAGCCAUCUGGUAUAGAUUCCUGCCCGUUAAUAAAUUCAAAGGCAUAUGAAAUCAAUCGCAGAAUCACAUUUGUAUUUCGAUUAUUAGGAAUGGGUUAUGCUGCAUUAGAAAAAUUUUGCGGAUUGAUGGAUUUACAAAGGAGUUUUACUGAAAAAUUCUAUAAUGACAUUAGCACCCACAUUUUUGUGGCAGCUGAAUCCAUUGCAGAGAAAUCCAUGCAAAACGCAGUGAAACUUGAAAAAGAGGCAACAGAAAAAGGUGGUUUAACAGUUUCUGGAGACGGGACAUGGCAUCGACGUGGAUUUUCAUCACUUUUUGGGCUAUCAACGUUAAUCGGAUACUAUACCGGAAAAGUGGUGGAUAUACUAGUAAAAUCAUCAUAUUGCAAACAGUGUGAAACGUGGGAAAAGGUUUCUGCGACCCCAGAGUAUGCGCUUUGGAAGGAAGAUCACAUGGACAGAUGUCAAAGCAAUCACGAAGGCUCGGCAGGAAAAAUGGAGGUUAGUGCGAUUCAAGAGAUGUUUCAACGAUCCGAGGAAAAAUAUGACGUACAAUAUCACAAUUAUAUUGGUGACGGUGAUAGCAAGACCUUUAAAGCUAUAUUAGAUUGUCAUCCGUAUGAGAAUGCUACAGUCAUGAAAAAAGAAUGCAUUGGUCACAUUCAAAAACGAAUGGGAACCCGUUUGCGAAAUUUAAAAAAGAAAACUAAAGGUCUUGGGGGCAAAGGGAAAUUGACGGACAAAUUGAUAAAUGAGUUGACAAUUUAUUAUGGAUUGGCCAUUAGACGAAACACAAACAGCUGGGAAAAAAUGAAAGACGCUACUUGGGCUACAUUUUAUCAUAAAAUUUCCACGAACGAACAUCCACAACAUCAUCUUUGUGAUUCGUCUUGGUGUUCUUGGUUACAGGCGAAAGAGAAAAAUGAACUAAAUAAUUACAAACAUCCAAACCCUUUACCUCAAAAUGUGCAAGACGCAAUUCAACCAAUUUAUGUUGACCUUACUGCCGAAGAUUUGCUGAAAAGAUGCGAAGGAGGCUUUACCCAGAACUGCAAUGAAAGUUUAAACGCGCUCAUUUGGUCAAUCGCUCCGAAGACGAAGUUCUGUGGUAAGCAUACGAUUGAUUUUGCUGCUAAUACAGCUACCAGUAUGUUUAACGAUGUAUACGACAGUAUUCUUCUAAUGAUGCAAUGCAUGAAUUUUGUUAUUGGGACAAACUGCUUCAACCUGUGCAAAAGUUUGGACGAGAAAAGGCUGAAAUAAAAAAUUACGCCAGCACUAAGGAAGCGCGACAGAAGCUAUUGGCAGCCAAAAAAGCUAACGAAGACAGCUUCCAUGAAGUCGAAGGAGAGUUGUAUGGUGCUGGGAUAGCUGAUUAAUUAAAUGUUUUGCCCGGCGGUGUCUACCAGCGAAGAGUAACAACGUCGCAAUGCUCCGCUUAAUCACUGAUUAUUAAUUGUAAUUCCAUUAUUUUAUGAUUAAA